CAAAGCGAAGGGGCGGGGCGGAGCUGCGUGGAAUCAGGGCAGCUGUGGGUGAGGAGUGUCCUGGAUAUUUACCUUCCUCAACCUGGAUCCUCGGACGCCGCGGCCCGUCCCGAGGUGUCCCCGGCGGUCACUUCCAUGUGCGCGAUUCGUCUCUAAAGCGGGACGACGGAGGUCCCUCUCUCUGAGACCAGCCAAGGGCCAGGGUGGUUACCUGCGGUGACAGACAUGCCAAAACCGGACCUGCUCUGCUUAGUUCAACUGCUGGACGGCACCAUUGAGACCUUCCGAGUCAAUAAGCAGGAUGAAGGUGUGGUUUUGUUGGACCAAGUGUGCGACCACCUGGGCCUGCAGGAGCGGCAGCUCUUCAGUCUGCAGAUCAGAGAGUCCAGCACAGCCGUUACCUCAAUCAUGGCCAACACACACUCGCCCAGAUGGUUGGAGCUUGAGAAACCCUUUAAGAAGCAAAUCAAAGGUCUUGCAUCUCCCUUUUACCUAAACUUCAGAGUGCGCUUCUUCAUUUCCGAUCCCAACUCUCUACAACAUGAACAGACAAGGAACCUUUACUUCCUCCAGAUCAGGAGUGACAUUAAAGAAGGCAGGUUGCAGUGCCCGCUGAGUUCAGCUGUCGUGUUGGCCUCUUACGCCGUGCAGUCUGAGCUGGGGGAUCACAGUCCAUCCCAGCAAAGCGGUUACUUGUCCAAGUACCACUUCAUCCCUGAGCAGGAUGAAAACUUUGUUUCCAAAGUGGAGGACCUGCAUCCAAAGCACAAGGGUCUGAAGAAAAGCGAGGCCGAGUUGUGUUUCCUCAACACAGCACGGACGUUGGAGCUUUAUGGAGUGGAGCUGCACGCUGCCCUGGACACCAACAAUGCCUCUCUAAUGGUGGGCCUGGCAUCAAGUGGUGUUGCAAUAUUCUGUAAUAUGAUUUGCUCGAGUUUCUUCCCUUGGGGGAACAUUAUCAAGAUUUCAUUUAAGAGGAAGCGAUUCUUUAUGCAUCUCAAACGUAAACACGGGGAGACCCAGGACUGCGAAGUGUCGCUAGUACUGCUCUGCGCAAAGAGCUGUAAGAACCUGUGGCGCUCCUGUGUGGAUCAUCACUCUUUCUUCAGCAGCAACCGCACCGCCAGGAGUCCCAAACACAACAACAGCACAGUUCAAUCCUACAGGAAGAUGAUCACACACCACCUGGGCCUUGCAAACAGUAAAAACGAAAGUGGUCCAGUUUGUCAACGUGUGGUGGGCGGGAUGGUGUGGAACCCAGUCCUGCGGCGGUCCAUUUCAUCAGAAUAUUUAGAGACGAAGAGUCUACCGUCGAGAUCGCCCCCCAGCACACCCAAAUGGCGGAGUACUCGCGUUCGCCACGGCAUCCGCAAAGUCCGUCCGUCAUCCAUGGAGCUGAACAGUGAGUUGAAAGACAUGUCCGAGGGAGAAGACGUCUUCUACACUUACAGGACGUCCGUCAGCAGCAGCAAGGACAGCGAAGGGGACUCUUCGCUACAUCAGUUGGAUGAUAUCUGGUUGCAAGCUGAUGACAGUAUAACCGAAGAGGAUGGCGUCAGCAGCUCCCUCUACCCUAACAAGCAGGCCCUCAGCGACGGCGACCUGCUGCUGAUUCGCAUCGCUCCUGAUCAUGAGGGCAAGUUUGGCUUUAAUGUUAAAGGUGGGGUGGAUCAAAAGAUGCCUCUUGCCAUAUCCCACGUGAAACCUGACUCUCCGGCCGGUCGAUGUGAGCCCAAACUGCUGGAGGGAGACCAGGUGGUACUCAUCAAUGGUCGAGACAUUUCUGAACACACACACGACCAGGUGGUCAUGUUCAUACGGGCCAGCAGAGAGUCGCACUCCGGAGAGCUUGCCCUGCUCAUCAAACGCAAAGGUCCUGGCCGUGCAGCGGCCCUGCUGCUGCCGCCUCCCGCCCUCACCCUCACCAGUCAAUCCCAAGGAGACGGGCAGCCAGAGCUGGUCACGACAUUAGACGAAUCGAUGCGACUGGUGGAGAGAGGAAUUCAGUCAGGAACUCUGUGCUUCCACUUUGAGAAUUUAUAUCGGAGGAAGCCCGGCUUGACGCUAAGCUGCGCUCGGCUUCCCAAGAACAUGGAGAAGAAUCGCUAUCGGGACAUUUUACCCUAUGACGUGACCAGAGUGACCCUCGAGGGCCAGGAGGACUACAUCAAUGCCAGCCAUAUCACGGUGGCACCUCCGGUGUCUGGGGAGUGUUUACGUUACGUUGCAGCUCAGGGUCCACUGCCGCAGACCUGCUCUCACUUUUGGCAGAGUGUUUGGGAGCAGCAGUCACACACCAUUGUCAUGCUUACGACUCUGACAGAGCGAGGAAGGACCAAGUGUCACCAGUACUGGCCGCAUCCACCCGAAGUGAAGGAUUACGGACACAUGCGAGUGAAGUGCCACUCAGAGGAGUGUAACCUGGCCUAUGUGACACGGCAAUUCACCCUCACACACACUCAGCGGGGUGAAGAGCGUGCGGUCACACACCUGCAAUACGUGGCGUGGCCUGACCACGGUGUACCUGAUGACCCUUCCGACUUCCUGCUGUUCAUCACCUCUGCCAGGGAGAGGAGACGAGCCGAAGAGCCACUCGUGGUGCACUGCAGCGCCGGGAUUGGACGGACGGGUGUUCUGAUCACCAUGGAGACGGCUCUGACGCUGUUAGAUCGGGGGCUACCGGUGUUCCCGCUGGACAUUGUCAAAACACUGAGAGAUCAGCGAGCCAUGAUGAUUCAGACCACGUGUCAGUUCCAGUUCGUGUGCGAGGCCAUUCUGCGAGUCUACAAGGAGAAGCAAGGGGGAUCUACGACCCCGCAGCCCAAAUGAGCACCAGAGGAAAUUUAGCCUCAUAACUUCCACUUGAGCGACUCCCACCGAGGGGCUGACAAGCACCACAAGAGAUUAACCUCUGUUGUGCCUGCGGGGUCGCUACAUGGUCUGGAUAAGAAUUAUGUAGCAUCCAAGCGCAGCUGGAUGUCAGCUAUGUAGCCAAGAUCAAAUAGGACACUUUGAAUCUCACACUCGUCUGCCUUACGUUCUGCCUAUAACGCCAACCAAGCUUUGAGUGGGAUACACAAAACGAAUGAAAGCUGCUAAGCUCAGGAAUAAAUCGGUGUCGUCUGCAGGAUGACUGAUGGAAAAGGCAGAAGAAUUGUUAUAAAUAUGUAGUUUAUAUGCGUGCCUUUUAGUAGAAGAGCAGAAGUCUGUAUACUACAGAAGAUACUGUGUGGGGUACUGUGGUGUUGCUACCACUUUUCACUUAAAUUAUUCUCACCAUGAAAUAAACGCGGAUUUAUAUGCCCUU